AUGUUGAAUAAUAUGCCCAUUUUUAAAUCAAUGCUUCAUAGGUCUUUUAUGCGCCCACUCACUACAAAAGCAGUCCUUAUAGCCCCAAGUGUGAGAAACACCACUAAACUGGAACAACCUAUCAUAAACCAUUCUCCCGAACAAGCUGCAUCGAGGAAAUGGCUUCCGAAACGAUGUGGUAUUAUUACGGAGAAAAAAGGUAUGGUUCCAUAUUUUGAUCCAGAGACCGGAAGACGUAUAGGCGCAACAAUUCUACAAGUUAAUAAUGUUGAAGUAUUAAUGCACAAAACAGCAGAAACAGAUGGAUAUUAUGCCUGCCAAGUUGGAUACGGUGCCAAGGAUUAUAAGAAGGUUACUAGACAGAUGCUAGGUCAUUUUGCUUCCAAAUACGUUAAUCCAAAAUUAAAAGUGUCUGAGUUUAGAGUAAAAGCUCCUGAGGGGUUACUACCUUUAGGAACCGUGUUGAAGCCCUCAUUCUUUAAGGAAGGUCAAUAUAUCGAUAUCAAGUCUACCAGUAAAGGGAAGGGUUUUGCAGGUGUAAUGAAGAAAUAUCAUUUUAAAGGUCUAAGAGCAUCACAUGGUACAUCUAUUAUGCAUAGACAUGGUGGGUCAUAUGGUCAAAAUCAAGAUCCUGGUCGUGUGUUACCAGGUAGAAAGAUGCCCGGGAGAAUGGGUGGUGAACAGGUUACCAUCCAAAAUGCUCAAAUUAUAAAAGUUGAUGAUACAAAUGGUGUUAUUUGGGUUAAAGGCCCUGUAAGUGGUCCAAAAGGUACCUUCGUAAAGAUUCAAGAUGCGAUCAAGAAGCAAUGA